CCUGCCUGAUCUUUCCCUUCUCAUUUUUGAGCUAUUAAACCACAUCAUGUUCUGUUUUCACUGAUAGACCCCUUUCUCUCGCAACCAUAUUAGCUUCUCGCUAGGUUUGGAUAUAAUAUAUUUUCCUUGCCUUCUGUUUCUUUUCAGAUUUACUAGAAACCCUCUUUCUCGCAAUCAGUUUUCGCCCAACACGAUGAGUGAUCAAACAGGAGCCGGCGUCAACGCCAGCGCCAACGGAACGCAUAAGAUCUCCUUCAAAGAUUGUAACGCAACGAUAUGUCCCUAUGACCAGUCUUUCUACGCGUACCGGAUCGAUAUCGUUCCCAAUGCCGUCUUCCUAGGUCUAUUCACCCUCUCCCUUCUCUGUUUCCUCGGCGUGUAUGCCUUCAAGCGGCGCGGCGCCGUCUUUACCAUCGCCAUGGUUCUCGGUCUCAUCAGCGAGAUCAUAGGGUAUAUUGGGCGCAUCAUGAGCUGGAAGAACCAGUGGAGCGAGAACGGCUUUCUGAUCCAGAUCUGCUGCCUCACACUUGCCCCUGCUUUCCUCGCUGCCGGUAUAUACCUGUGCAUUCGUAGGAUCGUGUUCGCCUUUGGUCCCGAGAAUUCGAGGAUCCCGCCGAAGUUUUAUACGCGCAUUUUCAUCCCCUGCGACAUAGCCUCCCUAAUCCUCCAAGCCGCCGGCGGGGGCAUAGCCUCGAACGCCUUCCACACAGGCAAAUCCACCGACAACGGGGACAACAUCAUGAUCGCGGGCUUGUCCUUCCAAGUCUUCACUUUGCUCGUCUUCAUGAUCCUAUCCCUCGACUUCCUCUUCAACACGCUGCGGCGGCGGCGCGCCCUCGGCUCCGAGGCCGCCUUCUCGCAGGACCCGGAGCUGGUCGCCGUCCGCGGAUCCCUCAUGUUCAAGGCCUUCCUCGCCGCGCUGGCCCUGAGCACGAUCUGCAUAUUCUGGCGCAGCGUCUUCCGCGUCGCCGAGCUGAGCCGCGGCUGGUCGGGCCCGCUGAUGGCGCGCCAGGACCUGUUCAUCGGCUUCGAGGGCGUGCUGAUCACCAUCGCCGUGUGGGUGCUGAAUAUCUUCCACCCGGCUCUAUGCUUCGGCGCUUUGAUGGACCGGAAGUUUGGGGACGAUUCUAAGGCUGGCGGUCGCAAGAACGGACGAGAGCAGUUCGAGAUGAUGCCCGAGGCGAAGCCGAGUACGGCUACGAGCUCGUCCGAUACUGCCGAUGCUGAACGCGGUGCUUGAGCUAGGUUGGUUAAAGUGAGUUGAUAUUAACGGCGUUGUGUAGAUCUGCGUGCGUAUGGGACAUAUACCUACUUGAAUUUGAAUCUUCGUUUAGAUAGACAUGUGCUGUUUUAUCAGCUUCCUCAUUGUAUGAAAUCUAAACGGCCCAGAUACCGGAUUACUGUUGAUAGUUUACGGCUUUCGUUAGUAUAAUAUGCAAGUUGGCGUAUAGAGUAACGGAGGCUAUCCAAUCUGGCAAUUAGGCUUUAGAAAUUAAUCCAUACUUUUCGAAGUAACUCAAGAUG